ACUGUCACUGGUUUAGUGCAUGCCUGACUUUAAGAGAGACUCUCCCUCCACAAAGGAAGGUAUAUACUUUAUACUUUAAUAGAAAAGAAACAAGAAAGAAUCAUGAAGACUAUUGCCUCACUGAUCUGUCUGGUUACUUACUUAACCUGUACAUGUGCCAUGAGGGAAUGGCCCAUUGCAAUAGAUAUGGCUUGUAGCAAGGCUCUGUCUGUUGUUGCUUGUACCUUUGAGUUUACCAACAUGGCAGCAGAGGAUUACUAUAUCCUCACCAGUGAUUCUCCUCUUGAAGGACUCUACUCUCCAUUUGUUGCUGUCUAUCAUAAUGGUCGUCAUGUACAAUAUGAAGGACUCAUUGGAUUCCGUCUCCCUCCAAGGAAACAAGACUUUCAACUCAUUAAAGCUGGUCAAGUUAUCUCUGCAACAGUUCAAAUAUCUGAUGCAUUCACCUUUGGCUCUGAUGGUCUCUAUACCAUAAGAUACAACAAGCCACUCAAGUUUAUAACAGGGAAAGAAAUGGAAUAUGAAGCAUAUGUAUCUGGUAUCACUAGCAGGAUAGAACGAGUGAGAGUAUCAGAAGUGAGGGAAUCUGUCUAUAUAGACCUGAUGGACACACACCUCCUCACUCGUCCAGUAAGGAUGGAAGCAGUACUGUCAGCACAAAAACCAGACCAUAUAGUACACAUUGAUAGCUGUGGGAGUGCUCAGUAUAUUGGAGGGACUAGCCAGCAACAGAGUGACACUACUAAAGCUCAUAAGCUCCUUUGUGACAAACUACAAAAAGCAUAUGAUGCUGUAGGUAACAAUGACCUGUACAAGACAUGGUUUGGGAUCUACGAUGGAGGACGUGCAACUACAGUCAAGAGCAUAUAUAAGAAAAGCAAAGAUGGGCUGACAAAUACUGACGUGACAUAUGACUUUAAAAAUGGACUGGACAUUUGCAAGGCGCGUAACUGGCGGGCCUUUACUUACGAUGAUUCCAAAACAGUCUGGCUUUGUGGACCCUAUGGAUAUGAUUCAAUAACUACUUAUUGCACAACAAACGGAGCCUACAGCAAAGAGCAUGUACUAGCUCACGAGUGGAGUCAUGCCUUUGGUCAUACUAAUGAUUAUGCUGAUGGAUAUGGAGCUGAAAACUGUAAAAAUUUGGCAAAAAAGAAUCCCCCAACAGAAGCAAUUGAUAAUGCUGAUAAUUAUGCUUUUUAUUAUUGCUAUAAUGGAGCUACUUCUUUUGAAUUUGACUUUUAGCUAGUUUGCCAUCACAAUUUUAGGACUUUAGUUUAAAUCUUUCACAAUUCUUAGAUUCAUUUAUAGAUUUUUUUUGGAAUUUUUUGAUUUAGUAUAUUUUCACAGUUUUAGGUUCAUUUACAGGUUUUUGGAAUUUUUUGAUUUAGUAUAUUUUCUAGACUCACUUUUUUCAAAUAAUAAAUAUAUCAAUAACAA